AUGGCGUCAGCAAUUUAUCUUCUUGAUCUAGAGCUCAAUAUCAUCAUACAAAGAGAAUACAAGAAUGAUCUCAACUCUCAAUCGAUUAUAGAAUACUUUAAGAAGGCUCAAGCAGGUUCUCAAUGCCCCGUUGUGUCAUUUAAUGGCGCCCAUUUUGCUUAUACUAGAUGUGACGAUAUAUAUCUCAUGAGCCCCAUUUUUGACAACUCGAAUAUAGCAUGUCUCAUCACUUUUUUAUCAAAAACUGGAGUCUUAUUGGGUCAAUACAUGAACCAAAGAAUUACAUCAGAAUCUAUUAAAGAUAAUUACAUUCUUGUUUAUGAACUUUUUGAUGAGGUACUAGAUUAUGGGAUUCCUCAACUAACAGACUUCAACAUUUUGAAAGAAUAUAUUAGUGCUAGUUCAGGUGGUGAAGCUAUAAACUCCAGUAUCUCUCGUACGCCCACUAACAACAUUUCCUGGAGACCAAAGGGGAUUUUCUACAGUAAGAACGAAAUAUUCAUAAAUUUCACGGAGAGCAUUAAGUUUAAAUACAACUUCAAUACCAGGCAUAUUAUGCUCAACACAAUUGAUGGAGAAGUUGAAUGCAAGUGUUAUUUAAGUGGAAUGCCUAUUUUGAAAAUGGGGAUGAAUGAAACGUUCAGCAGAGACGACAAACUCGAAAGAUUGGUAUUCACUAACUUGAAAUUUCAUCAGUCGGUAAAUCUCUCACAUGUCCAGGACUUUAUAACAUUCGUGCCCCCUGAUGGCACAUUCAAGCUUUUUAGCUAUAAAAUCUCCAACACUAUGCGACUGAAGCCUUUAAUAAUGAUAAGGCCCAAAUUCAAAGUCUUCAGAAAAAACGGCAUUUGUAAAUUACGCGUCAAGGUGGAAAUCAAGACGAGCUUCAAAAGACGGUACUCACUUCGUGAUGUGAAAAUACACAUUCCGUUGAUGAUUCCUUUGAGGCAUCUAAAAGUCAACUUCAAUGAGCCGUUGAAGUUUAAAACAAAAUUGGGAUCCGUUUCAUACAAUAUAGAGAGAAAUUGUAUUUCAUGGAUGAUUUCGAAACUGGAAGGCAAUUCCAGAGGUGAAAUGCAAAGUGAGAUGAAUCUUUUACAUUAUAAAACGAUUGAAAAACAGCAUAACACGAACUUUCAUCUCCUCAAGCAAGACAAGAAUGAUCUGAUAUAUUAUGAUUUGGAAGAAGAAUUCAAAGUACUAGCCAACUCAAGCUCCUUUAAUGCGAAGCAAGUUUCCUCAAUAAAUAUAGAGUUUGAUUUGAUUUCAGCUCUUUACAGUGAUCUCAAGGUUACUUACUUAAAGAUUGAAGAACCUCAAUUCAAAUUUCAGAGUUUUCCUUGGGUGAAGUAUACAGUGUCAUGCCGAGACGAAGACUACUCAUUUACGCUGAGUGAUGAUUUGUUCGAAAUUGAUUUAACUCCUGAUGAGAUAAAGGAAGUAGAAGAUUCUCACAGUGGGCUGCAAAAUAAAGUGACAUCAGAAUUGUCUUUCAUAAAUAACGACAUACAUUUAAAAAAGUUUCAAAUAUCAGGCAGUUCGCAAUUGCAAUCAGAAACUCAUGGACGUAUACUGGAUUUUGAAGAGUAUACACUUGAAGAAGAUACUGUUAGCAUUCGUACAGAACUUUCACCUUCACGCGACGGAACAUCUUUCGAGGAACUUGAACAGAAUGAUUUGCCAAGGGAUGAUGGUACAUAUAAUAAAACAACGGUUCUUGAUAAUCGUCAAAAUUGA